CACAUCCCAAGCAACGCUUAGCAGGUCUUGGUCCUUGCUAGUAGGGAUACGAACGCUGGUGGCGCCAAACCCCAGGCGUCCCCGUUGACAUCAUUGGCGGAGAACAGCAUCUUUGCGGGGACGCACGGGUGGGAACGUAACAACGAUGAAUGACGGCCGCACGCGACGCCUUAUCAACGUGGUCAUAGCGAAUCGAGUCGCUCUUUGGGCCAUUUUGAGUGGUGAUCGGUCUGGGAUGGUGCGGUCGGCGACUGAGUUCUGGGGAAGAUGUUUAAAGGUGGGCUGUUCCCCAUGUCCGGGGUUGCAUUGACAUCUGCUUCUUCUCCAGACGGCAGAUAAUCGGUUUUUGUCAGCUCAGAGCUCAUCGCUGACGACCUCCACGCCUCAUUGUUGAGGGUCCUUUCCAUUUGUCUUGACCUGACUUUCGCCCACCAUACCUCACUAUGGCAGACGAGAAGUACGGCGCUGAGCAGCAGGAGUACCUUCCGCCAACGCACGAAAAAACAAGCGUCGGCCGCUAUGCCGCAACCCGUCUUACUACCCUCAAGCCCGCCAUGGCCAAGGUGCAGAACCCCAUUGCGCUCCUGCGGUUGCUCAACCUUCAGCAAUGGAUGUUCUUCCUCGUCGCAUUCUUUGCAUGGUCAUGGGACGCUUUCGACUUCUUCACUGUAUCACUCACAGUCGAGCCGCUCGCUGAGAGCUUCGGUAAAACUAAGAAGGAUAUCACCUGGGGCAUCACCCUCGUGUUGAUGCUGCGUUCAAUCGGCAGUAUCAUCUUCGGUCUGGCUGCUGAUCGCUAUGGACGAAAGUGGCCAUUCAUCAUCAACAACAUUUUGUUUAUUGUGCUCGAGUUGGGCACAGGUUUCUGCACAACCUACGAGCAGUUCCUUGGUGUGAGGGCACUCUUUGGUAUCGCCAUGGGUGGUCUGUACGGCAACGCUGCUGCGACUGCCCUCGAAGACUGCCCCGAGGCCGCUCGCGGUAUCAUCUCUGGUAUGCUGCAGCAAGGAUAUGCCUUCGGCUACCUCCUAGCCACCGUCUUUGCCCGCGCCUUCGUCGACACCGUCGGCCACGGCUGGCGCCCACUCUUCUGGUUCGGUGCCGGUCCACCAGUUCUGAUCAUCAUUUUCCGCCUAUGCCUCCCCGAAACCAAGGCAUACCAAGAGCGCAAGCGUAUUCGCGAGGAAGAGCCCAACGCAGCCAAGAUGUUCAUGCAGGAAGGCAAGCACGCACUCAAGAAGCACUGGAUCCUGCUCAUCUACAUGGUGCUCCUCAUGGCCGGCUUUAACUUUAUGUCCCACGGCUCACAGGACCUGUAUCCGACCAUGCUUACGAACCAGUACGAUUUUUCCGCCAACCGCGUCACCGUCACUCAAGUCGUCGCCAACCUUGGUGCCAUGACCGGUGGAACACUCAUUGGAUACAGCUCCUCCAUUUUCGGCCGCAGACUCAGCAUCAUCAUUAUGUGCAUCAUCGGCGGCGCGCUGCUGUAUCCAUACACAUUCACCAGCAGCAACGCCGUCAUCGCCGCUGCUUUCUUCCAGCAAUUCUGUGUCCAGGGCGCGUGGGGUGUGAUUCCCAUUCACCUUAUGGAGCUGUCCCCCGGCUCGUUCAGGACGUUCGUUGUCGGUACCUCUUACCAGCUUGGAAACCUCGUUUCCUCUGCUUCGUCAACCAUCGAGGCUACCAUUGGUGAGAGGUUUCCGCUGCCGCCUAAGGGUAAGGUGAGCCGCUACCAGUACGGCUUGGUCAUCUGCAUCUUCAUGGGCUGUGUGUAUGCGUAUGUCAUUCUUCUAACCUUUGUUGGACCGGAAUACAGGGGCAGGAACUUUGAUGUCGCUGCUGACGAGGACAUGGCUGCUGUAACGGGUGUUGAUCACAAGAUUCGUAACUACAGUGUUGACGAGGAUAAGCGCAGGGAAGUUCAAGUGUAGUGGCGGUUUCACGACAGGCACGAUAAAGCGUUCUGAUGGGUAAAAUCAAUCCAAGUGUUG